UUUAGUACCUCUGGGAAGGAGUAUCCUUAAACGGCCUCUGAUUGGUCAAAUUCGAUUGUAACGCGUAACCGCUACAGAGGCGCGCCAUUUUUUGUAAAGGGUAAUUUCUACGUAAACGUUGAGUCAUGCCUGCUGUUUUUCAUCUGUGUACAAGAUUUAAUUAGACUUAUUCAUUAAUUGUGGAUUAUUGUUCGUGGAUUUAAGUUCAUCAUGUCUGUGGUAACUCCAGCGAAGACCCUUUUUGUCGGUAAUUAUGGUGGAUCACCCGUUCAAAGGCUAGAUUUUCGGGAGUGUAAUGGGGGCGAAAGUCCCGACGAGGAAGAAUCUGACUCGCUGAUCGACACUUCGGCCAGUACGGGCUCCGAUUCAAUAAUGUCCCUCACAAACUCCGAUGCCAAAGAUGACUUUAUGAUGGACACUUCCAUGGAAGCUUGGGAUCCAAGCUUCGGUACACCACAACAUAGCCCUUCUUCCAGAAAAUCAAGAAGAUCGGUGGACCAGUCUCCAGUGAGCCGUCUGUCAAGUCCGGACUCAUCACCGAUGUUGUUUAAAAACCAAGCGGGGCCACGCCUCACGCUACGCCGUCAAGACGGCAGCGACAGCCCGUCGUCCACACCGCCUCACAAGCGUCUUCGGAACCUGCGUCUCUUUGACACACCGCACACACCGAAAUCCCUGAUUGAACGUUCAAGACCAGUGAUCACGACCACCACUGGAUCAUCACAACGAAGAGGGGGUCGAGGUUUGGGCAGCAGCCGGUUAUUUGGGAGUAAACACAAAAAUGAGCUGGAUGUUAGACAGACGAAAUCUGCCCCACGAUUGGGGCCAACGAACAGUAGGAAGGAUGCCAAGUUGGCGAAUGUUAAUCCCUUCACGCCAUCGGGGUUGGUUUUGAGUGCCUCCAGGAAGAAACGACAGAGGAAAGAAGGAGUGGGUGCUUUGUGGAACAUGGACAUGGAUUAUAACAACAUAGACGAUGAUGAUGAGGACGUGUGUGUAUUAACCAAUCCUUGCAAGCGUAUCGCUCUGAGAGAGACAAAUAUCUCCCGCUACAACGAGGAAUUUGUGGAGGUCUGCAAGAUCGGAUCGGGCGAAUUCGGAGCCGUCUUCAAAUGCAUUAACAGGUUGGACGGCUGCUUCUAUGCAAUCAAGAAAUCAAAGAACCCCAUCGCAGGCUCAGCAUUUGAGCAGAUAGCGUUGAAUGAAGUGUACGCUCACGCUGUUCUCGGCACCCAUGUUCACGUCGUGCGCUAUUACUCUGCUUGGGCUGAGAAUAAUCAUAUGAUCAUACAGAAUGAAUACUGCAAUGGAGGCAGUCUAGCAGAUGUUCUCUUCCAGAACCAACAGAGGGGCCAGUAUUUCUCCGAGCCGCAAUUGAAGCAUUUAUUGUAUCAGUUAGUGCAGGGGCUACACUACAUUCACUCACAAGGACUAGUUCAUCUGGACAUUAAACCAGGCAAUAUCUUUAUCUCAAAGAAGGAGAGUAUGAAUGGGGAGCCUUCACUCAGCGAUAGUUACAAAGAGAACAAUCCAGAUAAUGAUGUGGAAAAUCAGCUUCUUGCCGAGCACAAAGCAACGGUCUAUAAAAUUGGUGAUCUUGGUCAUGUGACUUCAUUGGCCAAUCCCAAGGUAGAAGAGGGUGAUGUCAGAUACUUGCCCAAUGAAAUUCUACAGGAGGAUUACUCCAACCUGACCAAAGCAGACAUAUUUGCCCUGGCCUUGACGAUAUACGCUGUUGCUGGUGGAGAACCCUUGCCCAAGAACGGUGAAGUGUGGCAUAAGAUACGCACAGGAUGGUUACCUCAUCUUACACAAUGCUCCGAAGAUCUGAACCAACUAAUCAUGUCGAUGAUAAACCCAGACCCUAGUUUGAGGCCGUCUGCAUCUGCACUCGUCGAACAUCCACUUCUUUGCCCCAAUAAGUCCUACACACAGCUCAAGAAAGAACUAAAUGUUGCCAAGUUCCAGAAUGCUGUAUUGUCCAGGGAGCUGCAGCAGGCGAGAGACGCCACCGAACAAGAUACCCUGAAACCAAUGUCAAAGGUCAACUCAAGACUCAUAGGCAAGAAGAUCAACAGAAGUAUGAGUCUAACGAUAUACUGAUCGAAUCUCUCAUUCUGCAAACACUUCAUGUAAAUAUUAAAUGUAUAUGGCCAGUUAGUUUCAGUGCUCAAGCGAGAUUAGUUGAAGGUAUCGUACGGAAAUGUAUACAUGUAUAGGACACACCGAAAAAAUAGAAUCGGCCCCACUAUUCCGCCAAGACGGAAUAGUAUUCCGCCCAGCCCGGGCGGAUUAGUGUUCCGGUGGAAUACUAAUCCGCCUGGGAGGAUUAACAGUGAAAUGAGGAUGUCUGUUGGACAUGUGUUUACACUUGUUUUGGUAAUCCAGGGCGUAAUGAU